AUCUUGGACUACGACAUGCUUUCCACGGCAUGCAUUAGCGAAAGCCACUAAACUGUAUUUCAAAAGCUAUUUAAAGGAGUGUAGGAUAAACGAAUACGAAGACUAGUUGUGUAGUGAUAAUGUCUAUGAAUUUGUGACGGAUUUACGAAAGGAUAAGAUGCGAAAUUUUUGCGAAUUAGUUUUUCAGAUGUGCUAGUAAUGUAGUUAGCUAGCUAACAUCAGAGCAUGUAAACAGGUGCUGACCAGUUUAAAUGCAAGCUGUUAUCUUACAGUAAUUAUCUAGUUGUCCACCUGGUGCAACAUGGGACGAAAGAAACAGGGCAAGUUUGUGCGAUCUGACAACAAAGGCAAAGACAAACGGCAUAAAAUGAAGGGGAAAUCCUUAGAGGCCUUUACAGAGGAAAUGCACACUGCCUUUGAAGCGAGUCUUCACCUAGAGGAAGGAGCGGAGGCCCCUCAGGUGAAACUGCCUUGUCCACUUGCCAUGUGGGAGUUGGGUCACUGUGACCCCAAACGUUGCACUGGCAGAAAGUUAGUACGAAAAGGUUUUGUACGCAACCUGCGCCUCAAUCAGAGAUUCAAUGGGCUCAUUCUGAGUCCAAUGGGCACAAAGUAUGUGACGCCAGCAGACAGAGAGAUUGUGGCUCAAAAUGGGUUAGCAGUGAUCGACUGUUCCUGGGCCAAACUGGAGGAAACUCCCUUCAGUAAGAUGGUUGGAACUCACCCCAGGUUACUGCCGUACCUCAUAGCUGCAAACCCUGUCAACUAUGGCAAGCCUUGCAAGUUGUCUUGUGUUGAGGCUUUUGCUGCUACAUUCUGUAUUGUAGGUUUUGAAGAACUAGCAGUGCUCCUGUUGAAGAAAUUCAAGUGGGGGACAGUGUUCCUGGAUCUCAAUAAAGCUCUGCUGGAUCGCUAUGCAGAGUGCCAGUCAGAGGAAGAGCUGCUCUCUGUAGAGAAGGAGUUUCUCACAGCCAAACCCGAGGAGGAGGAGUUUGAUCCUUUUGAUGUUAAUUCAGGAGUAGAAUGUAGGAACCUCAACAGACAAAUGCGUACACCUGAGGACGAUGAUUCGAGUGAGGAUACAGACACCUCUGAGGAUGACAAAGAUGAAGCAGAAGAUGAGAAAACGGACAGUGAAGAUGAGUCAAGAACAGUCUCACAUCAUGAUGAAGAGGAAGAAGACUGAAUCAUAGUCAUCGCAUUAAAGCAUAUUUCAACCAUGGAUCAAUUUAAAACAGACUGGGAAAUCUUGUUUUAACAUUCAUUUCUCCUAAAUCCUGUAAAUUGAAAGCUAUUUUGAGAUAUCCAGUUUUGUAUAAAAAAUGAAAAUUAUACAAUAAGUUGUAUGUUUUUAAUGUAUACACAGACUAAAUAAAUGAACUGAAAUUAA